UCACUCAUUCACUUUGAGCAAUCGGCUAACGUAGGACGUGUUUUUCGUGCGUGCGUGUUCGCGAACCACACACUUCGGCAUCGGUGGCCCUAUCGCGUUUGCCCUUUUUUUCGCUUCUACCUCGUUAUCAGAAAGAAAGCCGCCCUAGCUGGAAACGCUUUCCAGACGCUGCCAAUCUAGUGCAGAACGUUACCCAUCAAACGGCGGAUCGGUACGUGAAUGCGUCGUGUGUGUUUGUGUUGGUGCGUGCAUAGGUUAGUUCAAACGGCAAGCGAAACGGCCAGAGCCAAAAGGGAGACAAAAUCGAUUAGUCGGGGUCACCGUGAUCACGCGAGUAGGAAAAGGAUUAUCGAACAGCUCAGGUUGUUGCGUAGGGUUUGACAGUGUGUGUGUGUGCGUACCAUCCAGCCGACAUGCAGUGAGGAUGUGUUGGUGAAGUUGGCUGGUGUGUGCGUGAGCGUAGUCCUGACAGUUUCCUUGAUAUAUCAGCCCCGUUUCCAAAAGGUAAAUAGAAGCCGAAAUUGUGAAGCCUAUUGGCUAAAAUGUGGAUGAAGAUGGUGCGAUUUUCAUUGAAGAUCACCCUAAGCUGGUUGAAGUAACGUGUGUAUUCAAUCGGCUGGCUGCUACUGCAGGAUGUCACCGAAUCAUUCAUCCGGAACGGUCAUCAGCGUAGAGAGCAGCCGCUGUUGACAUGCAGUUGCUGCUGGCUAGCUGGCUGGCGAUAAGGAAUUUCUCCUCGCCUAAGUGAGAGAGUUUUUGUCCUCGAUAGUGGACAGAGGCCGCUAGAAUGUGUUUGUGUGUGUAUGUGUGUGCACCAUCAAUUCUUUAAUACAAGCAGCGAAAGUGAUGAAUGACCGUCCGGCAAUUCUUUCGCUAUUCAGUGAGCUGCAGCAUCCGAGAGGCGUUCCCAACAUACAACCGGAUUGUGGAUUGUGCGUUUCAUUGUUUACGUCUUCCCGUCUGUGGUAGGCUCUAGAAUAAAACAAAAAAAGAGCCAAAACCCCGUCCCAAAAACCAGUUUGACAGGUGUGCGCACACUUAUCCGGUUUACCUUUGUGUGAGAACAAGCUGGUUUUUUUAAAUAAUUUCGUCUACCUGCCCGAUACCCACUAGUGUACGCGAAAAGGCGUGUUUAUGCGUUCUCUGACGGGAUCUGCCUAUGUUUAGCGACGAAAAGUGAAAAAGGAAAAGUUUUCCAAGCAGUUAGCAAUUUAAUCGAGUGUUGCUUCUUACAGCUAGUGCGAAAUUGGGUUGCCGUUGAAAGUGAAAUUUGUGGCCGUGCAAAAAGUGGCAAUCCGUUUUGUCUCAAGCUCCAUUGAAAAGUGAAAGAAGGAAAAACAAGUGUCCUACGUACACGCAGGGAGAGAAGUGCAUUUGAAUUUGAAUAGAUGUGUGACGGCCUCCCCUGCGUGACACGUACCGAUUGUGUGCAUGUGCCUUCACGGGCCUGUGAGAUAGUGCUUGUGCGUGUACGCGUGUGUCUGUGUGGGUGUGUGUCAGUUUGCCCAUGUGCGGGAGUGCCGAGUGGAAUUCGUUAACCCUGUUCCCGGAAGGAGGCGCAAGAGCACGCAGAAUCGAUUAAACCUCCCAAAAGCGAAACAACAACAACGCACACACACAUCCAUAAAGUUGCAUAUUAUCAUCAACCACCACCCCACGCCGGGCGGUUUCAACAACCCGGUUUUGUGUGCAAGAGCGGAGUAGUCAUCACGCACAACAAUGACCGAGCGGAAGUUCACCCGUGGGCUUAACAAGCCCGGCAUGGCGGCACAGCUAAGGGAAAACAUCUCACAAGUUGUACGUGAAUCCACUUCACUUACCAAACCGAUUAUAGUAGAGCCGAUCGAUUUCGAAGCGUUUGUGUUGAAAAACAGGACCCUGAUACAGAACGACCCGCAGCGAGAGUUGCUGCUCUACCCAACGGAUGACGUAUCGGAGAUUCUACAGCCAAAGAAGUUUCGCACCGUGCACAGUAACAUUCCCGGUCACGUGUCGGCGGUGACCAGCACCAGCAAUGGCUCGAGCAAACGGGGCGGCAGCAGUGAAAGUGGUUCGGCGUCCAGCAGCCAAAACGGUACACCGACCAGCAGCAUUCGAUCACAGUCGUCGGUGUCGGCAGGUUCCGGCGUGCCGAUGGUUGGCGGGCUGUUGCUUACCCGACAAGCGCUGCACACGUACGACUCGCCGAACCAUCUCAUCCAUUACAAGUACAGCAAGUAUGGUGGGACAUGCUACGAUCUGCCACGAAUGUCACCGUCGGAAGAAAUGCGCGAAGAGGUGUACGAGAUCGACACGGAUCCGGACCGACUGGACGAACAAAUGACACGCUCCCAGGCGGACACGAUCGCGAAGCAGGGCUAUCUGUUCAAAGGUCCGGACACCAACUCGGACCGCAUGUUCGCCCACAUCGGGUCAAAGUCGUUCAAGAAGCGCUACUGCUAUCUGCGGCAGGAGAUCGACGGCACGUACAUCCUCGAGCUGCACAAGGACGAGAAGCAGUCGGAAGCGAAGGCCACGAUUGUGAUGGACUUCUGCACCGAGGUGGUACCGAACCCGAAAAAGGGUCGCUUCUGCUUUGAGCUGAAGAUGAAGAUGAACGAAGGUCAGCACGGCAAAUCCGUCACGUUGGCAGCGGACGACGAGAGCGAGAUGGAGGACUGGCUGCGCAAAAUCUCGUCCGUGCUGCAGCAGAACAAGCUGCAGGAGGAUAAGCGUGUGGCGUCGCUGGAACGGACAGCUGCCCCUCCGCUACCAGCCAGCCCGAGCACGAUGCAGUACGGCACGCUGAAGGGACUAGAGCAGAGCAUGAACCCGCAGCUGAAUCGGUACGCGCGGGAAACGGAUCAAUCGAUCGCACAGGCACGGCGCGACAAUCGGAAACGGCUCUUCGGUGGCCAGCAGCUGCUGUACCUACAGUCGGGCGCAAAUGUUGGGCCAGGAAUGAAAGCAGCCUUAUCGGCCAUCGGUGGUGGGACGGCGGCCGGUUUAAGCAAAUCGGAAGCAUUCAUCGAACCGUACCGGGUGCAGUUUGGGCAGCGGAUCUUGAUCAAGUGUGAUUCGCUGCGCUUCCGAUUACUGGGCCCGAUCGAUGGUGUGGAUGGACCGCCGCCGCCGGAUUCGGAAGCACCGCUCUGCCAGAUUGAACCAUACCUCACAAGUGUGGCGCUAUACGAUGCUCGAGCAGGACGCAAACUGAGUGAAAAUUUCUACUUUGACCUUAACAAGGACCACGUGCGAGAGCUACUCACCGGAAGCUGCAAAUCCGAACGUCCACUCUGUGCCUCCCCGAAGGCAACGAACAAAUCGCACCAAAAUGGGAACGGCACACUGAAACCGGGCCGUGCCAAAUGCGACACCAGUGACGAGCUACAGCUACAUUCCGAAGCGGUCACCAAAGAGUGGUUGGGCCGUGCCAAACAGGCUGUCUUUAAUGUUACCGUUCCGCACGCGGACAUAUUCAUCGUGGUGCGUGUGGACAAAAUUUUGCAGGGUGCCAUCAAUCCUUCCGUCGAGCCAUAUCUGAAGACUACCAAAGAUCCGAAAGUGUUGUGCAAGCUGCAGAAGACGAUCAAACAGUACGCGCAAAAGUGUGGCCACUAUCGAAUGCCGUUUGCGUGGGCGGCCCGGCCGCUGUUUCAGCUGUACAGCAACGAUCUGGACACGUCGUACGAAUUUCCGGCCAUUUAUCGGCAGGAGGGCGCCAAGCUGAAGGAUGAGGAGCUGCUGAAGCUGCUGUCCGAGUACAGGAAACCGGAUAAAUUCAGUAAACUGACUGUGAUACCGGGUUCAUUGAAGAUUUACAUUGAAGCGUUAAACGAACUGCCCAACAACUGCCUUACCAACAGUUUGGUCCCGCUGAAUCCAUUCCCGAUCCCACCAGUAGCUGACCCAACGGUAGAAGUGACGGAAUUUGGCAACAAUUCCGAGCAAUACCUGCAUCCCUUCGUCCACUUCGUGAACCACUUGUUUGUGUAUCCGCUCCAUUUGAACUACGAUAGUCAGAAGAUUUUCUCCCGAGCCCGGAACUUGGCUGUGAUCGUAGAACUUCGUGAUAGUGAUACGGCCGAAGCAAAGUCUAUUGAGUGUAUUUACGGUCGUCCUGGUCAGGAUCAACUCGUCUCCCAAAUGUCUUGCCCAGUGCUGCAUCACAACACCAGCCCAACGUGGUACGAGGAGAUCAAGUUGCGCUUGCCGCUCAACAUUACGGCUCAGCAUCAUCUGCUGUUCUCCUUCUUCCACGUGUCGUGCAAUAUUGCGAAAAAGAAAGAUCUGACCACCACCAGCACCGAAACGCCGGUCGGAUUCGCCUGGCUGCCGUUGCUCGCGAAGGGCAAAAUCAAUGUCGAGGAACAGUGUCUUCCAGUAGCGGCAUCACUGCCUGUAGGCUAUUUAUCGAUUCAACCGCUCGGGUUGGGAAGAGGGAAUGCCGGUCCCGAUGUGCAGUGGAUCGAUAAUCAGCGACCGAUCUUUACCGUCAGCCUUCGGCUCGAUUCCACCGUGCUGACCACCGAUCAGCAUCUUCACAACCUGUUCCUGCACGCCGAACGAUUGCUGGAACAUUCGAAGACGGUUGCCCCGCCAGAUACGACGGAAACUUGCAAGAUCCUGAAGGCGGCGCAUGCCAUACAGAUCGGAUCGCUGAUCACCUUUCUGCCAACGAUACUGAACCAGCUGUUCUCGCUACUCGUCGCCACAAGCAACGAGGAGGUAGGACUGAACAUCAUCCGCCUGCUGGUCAACCUGUUCCACAUGGUAGCGGAAGAAGCGAAGCGAAAGGAGCUGCUGAUGGCGUACGUGAAAUACGUGUACCGUAUCGACAGCCAGCCGGUAACCGGAUGCUCUCCACCGUCCCAGAACGUGAACACCGUGCACGGCGAACUGUGUCGCCAUCUGCCAACGCUGCUGCACCCGAACAAUACCGACUUUUUGCUGGUGAACAAGUUUAUGAAAUUUUCCGGCAUUUUCUUCGAGGUGAUUGUAAAGAGCAUGGCCCAAUACCUCCUCUCGACCGGGCGCAUCAAGAUGCAACGGAACGAACGGUUUCCGAAAGAGUUUUGCACCCGUAUCGAGGCACUGUUCCAAGUGCUUGUUCCGUACAUAAGCUCACGCCAUAAGGAUCUGCCGAUGGAAACGGAGCAGCUGAACCAAAGUCUGGCGGUGUUUGUAAAGCGCUGCCUGUCGUUUAUGGAUCGUGGGUUCGUGUUUCGACUGAUACGGCUCUACAUGGACCGAUGGGGUCCGGGCGAUUCGCGCAUUCUGCAGGAGUACAAAUUUAGCUUCCUGCGCGAAGUUUGUUCACACGAGCACUACAUCCCGCUCAAUCUCCCGUUCAUGCUGACGCCCAACAAUCGUGCUCCGGACUUGCUGCAACAGUUCUGCCUGUCGGAGGAGUACUGUCGGCAACACUUUCUCGUGGGAAUUCUGCUGCAGGAAGUUAAAAGCUCGCUGAACGAAGUGAGUCACAUCCGGCGUAUGGGGUUGGUUACGCUGAAGGAGCUGUUGGCCAAACACGAUCUAGACGAUCGCUACCAAAACAAAGGACAGUUGGCCCGAUUGGCGAUGCUUUACGUGCCCUGGUUGGGGAUUGUGCUCGAGAACCUGAACCGCAUAUCCGAUGGCGUGGAGCGAAAGGGGAAGCAUGACACCGUCGGCGGUAAUCGUAUGUCGUGUAGCAGUAGCUACGUGUUUGCGCGCGAUUCACUUCCAUCGCUGCCAACUGCAACUCCGUCAGCCGUGACCUCACAGACAAGCACACCAAAGUCCCGCUCGAACCGGGUAACGAUGUUCAUCGAGUACACGAGUCCGAUCCGUUCGUCGUUGCAUCUGAAGGAUACAAGUUUUCUAGCAGCGAUUGCGGGCCAACCGGCAGCUCUUUCGAACGGUCACUCGAGCAGCUCGCUCAACUCCGAGUGCUCUACGCUCUCCCAGGACGGGACGGUGGUUAUACGCAAUCAGUUCAACGAAUCCUGCGCAAACUCGACCCGCCCGAGCCAUGCCCGAUCGGUGAGCGUUACCCAGCCAACCAUCAUCCAGCGGACGGACAAGUUUUCCGUCACCGAAACCAAAGAUUUGCUCAUUAGUUUCCUGUUCGUGGUGAAGCAUCUGUCGCCGGAGCACAUGAUCGCGUGGUGGCACAACUGCACCGAGAGUGAAACGGUCCAGUUCUUCACCGUACUCGAUCUGUGUCUGCUGUACUUUCGUUACGUGGGCAAAAAGCACGUACAGGUACCGGCCGAAGGUGGGCGAGAUGCGAAGAGUAGCAAAGCGGCCAAAGCAAGCACUCUGCCGGCGCGUGUACUUCCACCGAGCAUUACCAAUGGCGGUGAGUCGGGAUUCGAGUCCGGCACGCUUAAUCAUACCGCAAAUCGGGAAAAUUUAGUCGAAGAAACGCUACGUUUAAAGCAGGCUCUUUACGAAUCGAACUUGGCGACCGAAAUCGGACUGAUCGUGCUGGACUGUAUGGGUCUGUACUCGGUACAGUUUCGCGAGUCAAUGAUAGAGGGCACGGUCCUGCCCAAGAUUGCACGCGUCUAUUUGCGCUUCCUUCAGCUUGGCCAGUCGGAGUCGCUUUCGAAGCACGUGUUCGCGGCACUGCGCGCCUUCAUCAACAACUUCUCGCAAGCAUUGUUUAAAGGCACGGCCGUACUGUGUGGACAGCUGGUGUACGAGCUUCUGAAGUGCUGCGAUAGUCGUCUGUCCAGUUUGCGGCAGGAAGCAUGUGCCGUGCUGUAUCUGCUGAUGCGCAGCAACUUUGAGUUUAGCGGCCGCAAGGGACUGACGCGUGUGCAUCUGCAGGUGAUCAUCUCGGUAUCGCAGAUGAUCGGUAACGUGAUCGGGUUGAACAAUGCCCGCUUUCAGGAGUCGCUCUCGACGAUCAACAACUAUGCUAGCAGUGAUAAGGCAAUGAAGGGAACGGGAUUCCCGAUGGAGGUGAAAGACCUGACGCGACGUGUGCGAACCGUGCUGAUGGCGACGGCCCAGAUGCAAGCACAUCACAUGGAUCCGGAACGGUUGCUUGAGCUACAGCACUCACUGGCCAACUCGUACGCAUCCACCCCGGAGCUACGCCAAACGUGGCUGACAACGAUGGCGAACAAUCAUCUGCAGAAUGGCAAUAUCUCGGAGGCUGCCUGCUGCUAUCUGCACAUUGCUGCCCUGGUUUCGGAGUAUCUGAAGCUGAAGGGCUGCUGUCCGGUGGCGCAAGGUGCGGAAUCGUUUGCCCGUAUCUCGCGCAACAUUCCGCGGGACGAGAAGGGACUGAAGCUGGACAGCGGUACGCAGGACUCGCAGUACACGGAACAGUUUCUGCUCGAGCGGUUGAAGGAGUGUGCGGAGUAUUUGGAUCGUUCCGAGCGGCUCGAAUGUUUGGGUGAGCUGUAUCGGCUCAUCAUCCCGAUACUGGAGUCGCGCCGGGACUAUCACGGACUGACGCAGUGCUACGAACAUCUGACGCAAGCGUACAACCGGGUGAUUGAGUUUAACAAGUCGGGCAAACGUUUGCUCGGGCGGUUCUAUCGGGUGAUAUUCUUCAGUCAGGUUUAUUUCGAAGAGGAAAAUGGCGUUGAGUACAUUUACAAGGAACCAAAGGUAACAUCGUUGAGUGAAAUCUCCGAACGGCUGCACAAACAGUACCGGGACAAAUUUGGAGCAGAUAAUGUGAAGAUUUUAAUGGACUCGGCACCGGUUGAUCAGUCAACGCUGGACCCAAAGAUUGCAUACAUCCAGGUAACGCACGUAACGCCCUACUACUGCAAGGACGAGCUAGAAAUGAGGCCCACGGAGUUCGAACAGAACCACGAUGUGGACACAUUCAUGUACGAAACACCGUUCACUGCUUCCGGCUCUGCCCACGGUGCCGUGGAGGAUCAAUGGAAGCGAAGAACCGUUUUGACAACUCUCCACAGUUUCCCGUACGUGCUGAAGCGUAUCCCAGUGCGCGAUCGACAGUCGCAAGAGCUUAGCCCGAUCGAGGUGGCGAUCGACGAGAUGCAGACCAAGAUUGCCGAGCUGGAGGAGAUCGUGAUGGGGCCGAUCGAUCUGAAGAAGCUGCAGCUACGUCUCCAGGGCAGUGUGGCCGUGACGGUGAAUGCUGGCCCCCUUGCAUAUGCGACCGCCUUUCUGGAUCCGGCCAAAACGAUCAGCAAAAAGUAUCCGCUGGACAAGGUGGAGGACCUGAAGGAAGUGUUUCGUGAUUUUAUUAAAAUCUGCUACACGGUACUUCAGAUAAACGCGAACCUCAUUUCGUCCGAUCAACGCGAGUACCACAACGCACUGAAGGAGAACUAUGAAAAUCUUUGCUCGGCGCUGAGUGAUCUGCUAGGGGAGAUCGUGUACCCGUUAGACGAUGGUAACAAUAAUGCGCAUCGGCACAGCUUGGCACUGUUUAGUGCGAUCAGCGGUGCACCGACCAAUUCCAGCACAGCGUAAAGCGUGGAACGUUUCGCUAGCAAAUGUUAUGGACGCACAAAGGAAGGAGACUACAGAAAACACAGCACACAUGAACACCAGCUUGCUUACACAGCGCAGUGUGUAUAACCACAAAAAUAUGAAACCUUUUAACGGUAUGCUUCACACAAUUCUACCAAGUAGAUGUCAAUUUUGUUUCCUCGGCUGAAUGGGUUCAGCCGUCUGUAGAAAACAUCGUUUCUUGAAACAGUAGUUCGCUUGAGAAGAAGAUUUAAAAUCACCCCUAACACUCGGAUAUUGUUCGUAAUUUUAUGAAAAAUUUGUUCUAAAACUAUCCGCCUAGCGGAUGGAUGCGUUUGAUUCCUUCUUAAAAGUAUUUUAACACUUUAUCCACACCAACACAUUUGUAACGAGCAAAAGCAAAUAUUUGAAUUUGAACACCACAGUCGGUUUAACACACGCGCAAACAGUUCGUUUCGCUUGGGAACGACGCAGCAAAGCAGGAAGGCAAAAAUUUAGUAAGAACAUGUUAAGAGAAAAGCAACAAUUUUUAUACAACAAAACACUAAUUAAUGGCAUUCAAAUCUUUAGGAGAAAAUGCUUCGACGUCCGCGUCGCACGGCUACGGUCGGAUACCGGUCGGAGCAUUUUUGCAAAUUGGAACUUACCUCGCAUAACUUAGUUUCAGUUUUUGUGGUCCUAUAAUUGUGUAAUUGGAAAACGAAACGUACGUACGUGAAAGAUCGGAACGCGCAUUAGUGCUAGAAUGAAAUGUUUCUUAGCAAAAAGAAAGUAUAACUCUGUACAUAAAAAAACGCAUAUUUAUGUUGCAACCCUUGGGCAGAACCGUAUAUCAGCGUUUGCUGGACGGGGCUGCCAAAUGGGAAGCGCAAGGACGCGUGGUUAGAUAUCGUGUGUAUGUAUCAUUUCCUGUAUAUGUGUACGCUUAAGUAUUGUUAUUUUUUGUAAGAAUAUGUUCCGGUAUGAGUAGUCACAGCCAUCACCGUACCCUAGAACCGUAGGUCUUUUAAGAAGCUCGCUCAAAAAAAGGGAACUAACUACUCGAAACAUGUCCCCGAUUUUUAUACACAGGGAACUAAUGACUCAAUUUUAUCGAAUCUCUUACACUCUCCCCACUUCCGAAACCACCUUUUAUAGUCUUUGCACCGAUUUUACAACUUUGUCCCCACAUACCACUAUGCUAUGCUAACCCUAAACUCUAGACGGACAUUUACACAGCUACAGGAAUGCAUCUUCUUCCCGUUUCUUUGUGUUAAGUAGGUAGAUUAUAAUUAUAACAUAGGUAACGUUUCAAAUGCGUCGUGUUUUGGCAUGAUAGCUACACGAACGAGAGAAAAAGAAAACAGUAAGGUAAAACACCAUCCAAUAACAAAAGUGGCCAGUGGUUCAGUCUGCAGUCGGCCGAAAGGGAAGGCAGUACAGACAGAGCAGCAGUGCAGCCACAGUUUUAUCAUUUAUCACUCGGUUAAGGUGUACAUUUUGAUAGAGAUUUCUUAUUUAAGUAGGUUUUCAAACCAACCACUUACACAGACAGUGUAGAUUGAUUUUAGCGGUUUUAACUAAAAACUCAAAGGCAUUCAUAAACUUGAAUUCGCUAAGUUGCGUCACUUGUCAGGUUCGAGCGGAAAGGCAAAAAUUAUUUAUGAAAUAUUUGCUCGAAAAAUAGCUAGCCAGCUGUGAGUGUGCGUGUGUGUGUGGUUGAGCAUUUGCCGCCUAGCUCCUUUCCUCUUGUAAUCUCUAAAUCCAAUCCAAACCAUUUCCAACAAGGACUGCGCUAGUCAGAAACAGGCGAUGGGGUACCCAUUCUUCUUGCUGUUAUAGCCGUCGUCGACCUUCUCAGAAUCGCUGCUAUUUGUUUUCUUGCUCACUGCACUUAUGAAUCUUUCCAUCGAUAGUAAAUGUAUUGUAAACAUUUGUUGUUAAACACCUUUGGGCACAGGCUGAUACAGGCUACCCCACAGGUGAUUAGGCGUUGCGUUUCCUUACGGCGCACAUUGUCGUUGUUAUUCAGUGUCCUGUUUGUUUCUAAAGCUAGUGAAGCUAGUAGUGCACAAGAGAUAUUCGAGUUGCUUUACUGUAUUUGUAUAUCGUAUUUGUCUAUUUACUAUCGUUUGCGUAUAAAACGAAGCAUAAUUCAUGAACCAUGGUACCAUGGAAUGGCUUCCCGAGUCUCACGGGAUGACUAGAACGCAAACCGUUGCUCCAAAGCGGGCUUUAAUAUACAACUUACAAGCGAACAAAGCAAACAAAAAAUUCAAACAUGACUGCUGCACCACAACAAACUGGAAUUACUCAGCUAGCAGUUAAGUAGGGUCGUAUUCAAUGGCAUAUAUAUACACACACAUUUGCAAAACAUAUACACUUUUUCAGCAAAGUGGUUUGGGAAGUUAGGAAAAAAACACGAGAAAUUAGCAAACAAAACUUCAUAAUAAUGUAUGCUCCGUGCAACCUCAAAUUUAAAUCGGACAGCCAACGGCCCAACAAAAACGCUGGGCUGGGUUUAGCAAAUAAAAACAAUAGAAGGAUCAUUAUUCCUGGAUUACACUCA